AAGGACAGUGACGAAAGCGGAAGUGUUUAUGUUGUAUCUGGUUUAGCUACUAACGCAGUGGCGUGUAGUCAAAUAACAAAAUGACCAAAGCCAAAAAUAUCAGCUCUGUUCCAAUCGAUGGAUUCAGCAAUCUUCGCAUCACAUCAUUAUGGAGCUUUCUACAGUCUGUUGACUGGUCUGAACCCUGGCUGAUGGGUCUGCUGGCCUUUCAUGUCUUGUGUUUUGCUUUAACCAUCCUGUCCUGCAAAUACUACCGCCUUCAGAUCUGUCAUUUUCUCUUGAUGGUCGCUAUGGUUUACAGCGCAGAAUACUUGAAUGAGCUGGCAGCGAUGAAUUGGAGGUCAUUUUCAAAGUUCCAAUACUUUGAUUCAAAAGGAAUGUUCAUUUCACUAGUAUACUCAGUCCCUCUCUUGCUCAACACUCUUAUCAUUGUGGCUGUGUGGGUGUGGAGGACCUUCUCAACCAUGACUGAAUUAAAGAUCAUGCAGUUAAAGAGAAAAGCUGCCAGAGAGAACAAAAAAUUGCAAUAGAAGACAUGAACAGGAUUUGCUCCAUUUCAUAAUGUCCAGUGGUGGAGGGCAAAUAUAGCAAAAGAACGGACUAUUUAGUAUGGUGUGAUAUGUGGUGGUGAAGGUUAUUAAGUAUUAUUCCAGAUUUCUGAGGGAUGAUUUUCUCCACCUGUUAGAAGAUGCUCCAUAGAACAUUUGAUUUUUAUCAAGUCACAAUAUUAUCAAAGCUAAUGGACGUAUUAUGCGACUGCUUUGUGAACAUGUUGACCAUUCCAGAGCUCAAAAUUGCUUAUUUGUCUGUUAUUAACAGUGAAUGGAUUCUAUAAAACCCUGCUUUUGAGUUUCAAACAUGUAAAUGGUGUAUUUAUGUCAAUAAACUGAAUGUUUUUUUUAAAA